UAUUAACCACUCCUUUAGUGAUGUCAGAAGCGAUGAACAAACUCUAAAUUGAUCAGUGUUCACCGAAACUGUCAGACAUUUCAGCUGGAUAUCAGAACAAGGAGCACAUCAAUUAUGCCUCAUCUGAAGCUCUUAGCACUUUGUUUGGUUCUACAAGGCUUGGUACUUUCUGCCUUGGGAAAGCCACCCGACAAAGCAGCUAAAAAGAUAUCUUUUGCCAAAGAAAAUAAACAUGAAACCGAAUCCGCCCGGACUAAGUCUUCAAACAACAAGAAAGAACCUUUUGCAGGCGUCAAAGACACCAAGCACAAACUGGACGUUGCAAGAGACGAUUUCAAGGAGCAUAACCAAGUAGUCACCGGAACAACUCCAAAGGAAUUAGAAAACGAUGCCAAAGAAGAAAUACAUGAGAAGAAUAUCAGCUUUAGACAUCAUAACUAUGAAGAAAUGACAUGGCUACUGAAGGAUUAUUCAAGAAAGUACAGCAAAAUAGCGCACUUGUAUGACAUCGGUAUCUCGGUACAAAACCGCAAACUGUGGGUCAUGGAAAUUUCCAAUAACCCAGGGAAACACGAACCGGGGGAACCGGAGUUUAAGUACGUUGCUAAUAUGCACGGGGAUGAAGCGAUAGGGCGGGAGAUGUUACUUCACCUGAUAAAAUACCUGUGCAAAAACUACGGUGUUAAUCCCAGGGUUACCAACAUCAUAGACACGACAAGGAUACAUAUUAUGCCGAGCAUGAAUCCGGAUGGAUAUGAAAUGGCCGCCACCUUUUCAGACGAAGAGUGGAAGUCAAGUCGAUCUAACGCGAACGGGAUCGACUUGAAUCGUAAUUUCCCGGAUCAAUUUUUCCCAAGCACUAACGGAGCACCUCAACCGGAAACACGGGCGGUCAUGAAAUGGAUCAAUUCUAUUCCCUUUGUGCUGUCAGCGAGUUUGCACAGUGGAGCACUUGUGGCAAAUUACCCGUAUGAUGAUAAUCCCUCGGGACAGAGCGUGUACAGUGCUACCCCAGAUGAUGACGUGUUCAGACAAUUGGCGCGCUCUUAUUCAGAAGCCCAUCCCACAAUGCACCUCGCAAAUGCCCCUUGGAAAUGUAAAGACAUCCCCCGAGAGCAUUUCAUAGACGGGAUAACAAAUGGCGCCAAGUGGUUCAGUGUGUCAGGGGGAAUGCAAGAUUACAACUACGUGCACUCGAACUGCUUUGAUAUAACGCUUGAACUUGGCUGCCAGAAGUUUCCUAAUGCGACUGAGUUACCGGAGUAUUGGAGGGAAAACAAAGAGGCACUUCUGAAGUAUAUUGAGCAGGUUCACUCAGGUGUGAACGGGUUUAUAAAGGAUGAAGAUGACCAACCAAUCGAUGGAGCGAGGAUUACUGUUGCAAACCGUCGUCAUGACGUAUUUUCAUCACGUGACGGAGACUUUUGGCGUUUGCUAGUCCCAGGGUCCUAUGAGAUCACGGUUUCCGCCAAAGGAUUUGAACCAGAGACCAAGUCAUGUACAGUGUUGUCCGAUAAGGCAGCUAAGCUUAACUUCACUCUUAAGAAAAUGAGAAUGAGAGAGCCUCGGCACCAGGUACAGAUGGAUAUGUGGCCACGGGAACGAAUUCUAAAUGAAGACGAUUACAGGCACAUACAGGAGAAAGAUCCUAGCCAGUACAGGGAUCCAAGCCAGCACAAGGUACCCAGCCUGGGUUUUAAUGAUGAGCGCAGUGAUGAUUAUGAUGACAUCCACAGGAGAAUGUCUUAUGAUGGUUAUGGACGGCAUGCGCGUACUUUUCCUCGUCCGAAAUGAAGUCCAGACCAUAAAAACUUCCUUUAAACUACUGAUAAGAAUUGGUAACGCUACACACUAACUUCCAUGUUGGUAUGAUUGAGAUAAGCGGCUAGCGCUUAUUGUUUUCUUUUGAACAUUCGUGAAUUUGAUCAGAUUUCUUAUUGUUGGCUGUUCCAUGAAAGACCAAGGAUAAAGAAAACUGUUUCUGAGUUUUGGCUUUAGGACACCUAAAAUUUCAGGCCUGUCACUUCUAUCUUUUAGUCUCUGCUAACAAAUUAAGACUACUUGCCUUUGUCCUCUAUGUCUCCUCAGUGAGUGAUAGGCGGAGAAAAAUCUGGCCACCUUGAUGGUGAUGGCCGCGCGAAGUCUGGAGGCGAGGGAAAGGAAAAGUUGGAACAGUAAAAAACGCUUUCAUUAAUAGGAAGGUUUUUUAAAAGGUUCACUUAAUACAUUUGCUGACGUCUUUUGAAAAUGGCAUUAUUGUCUCGAACCCAAAUUCCGUUCUGGUACGGGAAAGAAUUCUCGCGCCAUAGAGAUCUGGGCAAGAAGAAAAACUAUCAGGCAAGCUAAACCAGGACACAUGUCAUGCUGUUGAUUGACAGGACGGUUAUCACUCCAAACAGACGGUUAUCAAUCCAAACAGGAAAACGCGCUUUUACACUUUUCUCUAAACAAUUUUGGAAGUCUAGAGCUCUUUGAGCACGUUUUGAAACUGUGCAUUUGCUCCAAGUAGAUUUUGUUGUACAUUUGGGAGAUCAUGUGGGUGCUAUUAGAGACCUUUACAUUGGAAUACGAGCACGAAAUUAAGUACGAGUUCGAUUUUCGAAUUUCAAACCAGUGACGUUUCCAGAGCCCUAGUUCUUCAUGCUGGUUUUAGGCAGAGAGGGUAGCUCAUGGGAUGAGAUGGGUAUGUGACGUGAUAAUGUGAAGCCUGCAAACUAGAAUUAAAAAGUCGUUCUCGUACUCGAUCUCGUACUCGUUCUCAAAUCUGAAGUUCCUAUUAAUAUUUAAACGUGAGUCCCGUUUCCAUUUGAGAAAUUUUUAUACGUAUUCAAAGAACAAAACCUUAAAGGAGCUCAGUCACGGUAUUUUGAGUUAUUUUGGUCACAUUAAAAUAACCUUGAAAUUGAAUGGAACCUGAACAUAGUCAUUUACUAAGUAGACUAACAAUGCUGCUGUUUGGACUUUAUCCUCUUUUCAACCCGUCAAAAAUAUGGGAUUCUAAUAUCGACAGAUGAAGUUCCAGGCGACAGUACACUGUCUUGAUGUAAAUAAAAAAAAUUAGCAAUGUACUAAGAAAAACGUUAUUAGACCUGAGCUGUUGAAUUUCGUUUUAAAAUGACGCCCGUAUUAGACUAACAUGGCCGAUGUUUGACAUCAUCGUCUUUUUCACCCGCUAAAGAGAAGAAAUUCUAUACUCGAAAGAUGAAGUUUUAGAUGACACUUUUAAACCUUGAUAUUCACACAAAAACUACCAAGCUACUACGUAAAAAGUUGUUACACCAGAAAAGUUGCACUUCGUUUCAAGAUGGCAGCCAUAUUAGACUCACAUGCAUGGCCGUUGUUUGACAUCAUCCUUUUUUUUCACCCGCUGAAGAGAUAGCGUUCUAACAUUGAGAGAUGAAGUUUUAGGUGACAGUUUUAUAUCUUAAUAUUCACUUAAAACUACUAAGCUACUACAUAAAAAGUAUUUAGACCAGAAAAGUUGCAUUUCGUUUCAAGAUGGCAGCCAUAUUAGCCUAACAUGGCCGAUGAUUCCUAUCAUUCUUUUUUUCACCCGUUGAUGAGAUGGGAUUUUACCAUCGGCAGAUGAACUUUCAGAUGACAGUUUUAUAUUUUAACAUUCACGCAAAAACUACCAAACUACUAAAUAAAAAGUUAUUAGACCAGAAAAGUUGCACUUCGUUUCAAGAUGGCGGCAAUAUUAUACUAACAUGGCCAAGGUUUGACAUCAUUCUUUUUUUCACCCGAUGAAGAGAUGGAAUUCUACCAUUAAGAGAUGGAGUUUUACAUGACAGUUUUACGUCUUGAAAUCCACACAAAAUUUACCAAGCUACUACAUAAAAAGUUAUUAGACCAGAAAAGUUGCAC